GAGAACCAAUGAGCGCAUACGACGCGCAAUUCUUCCACCUUCCUCAUGUUGUUUAUAUAUACCACCACUUGAUUUGGAUUCCUCCACCAUCAUCACCCUCCAAGCAACCUCGCUUGCUCUUUCCCCGAGCCCUCUCCGCCCGCCUGCUUGCCUACAUAUCCACACGGAUUCAUUCAUUCCUCUUCCCACUUCAGCUUGAUUCCACUGCUUCCUAUGCUCAUCGGCCAGUAGAGUGGCAAUCGCCCUGAAAGAGAUAGAGAGAGAGAGAGCCGGGCAUGGGGAGCAGCACAGGAAGUGAGCUCGAAAGCCCUCUCGUGGCCGAGCUAGCUCGAGCUCUCGAGUUGGCCAGGCAGCUGGAAUCCCAUCUCAGCAACCCUGCCCCAAUUGACUUGUGCAAGUCCGUGGCGCCCGAGAUAUUGUCAUCCAUUCGGAGGUCCAUCCUCAUGGCGAAAUCGAGCGAUCCCGACGGCGAGCAGCAGGCGGCUGGCGACAGCCCCCGCAGCGAGAGUUCCAGCCCGGCGUUCAAGGAUCACGACCGCAAGGAGCUGAUCAAGAAAAGGAAGACGCUGCACAAAUGGACGAAUCAAGUGAGGCUCACCCCGGGCACCGGAGGAGUCGAAGGGUCUGUGGAUGACGGCUACAGCUGGAGAAAGUACGGGCAGAAGGACAUCCUGGGAGCCAAACAUCCGAGAGCCUACUACAGGUGCACGCACCGCCACACCCAGGGCUGCUCUGCGACGAAGCAAGUGCAGAGAUCGGACGAGGACCCUCUGAUGUUCGACAUCACCUACGUCGGGGCUCAUACCUGCCUCCAGAAGCCACAGCGAGCCUCGGCAUCCGCAUGCCAGGUGCCGCAGCGGCGGGAACACCAGAAGGAGGACCUGCUGCUGAGCUUUCGAGCAGGCUUGAAGGUCAAGACCGAAGUCGCGGAAUUGGAGGAAGCGCAGCGGCAGAGUUGUCGAGAAGGAAAUGAAUUCCACGUCUUCUCCGCGCCGGCCUUAAACCUGUCGCCGGUGGCGUCGGAGUCGAUCUACUUCAGCAGCUUUGAUGAUGGCAUCAACCUACAGACUUCGGACUCGGAGAUCACCGAGAUGAUAUCUAGAAGCAAUUCAGCGAGCUACUUGUCUCUGGUGGACAUGGAUUUCAUGCUGGAGGAGCUGGACUUCGAACGGGACUUCCAGUUCGAUGCCUCAAGCUUCUUCUCGUGAGUCAUGCGACAUGAGCAGAGUCCAAACACUCGAGAUCGCUCAAUUCAUUAACCGAGAUUAAAGAAGACGACUGGUUAAUUCACCAACUGGUGAUGUAGGUAGAAACAGAGUGAGUCCGUUCAGUGUCAUAUGUAGCUCAAUUCUGUGUUAAGAAAGAUCAAUGGCUUCACAGGUGCACUAGUUGGAAA